CUUGCCUCUCCCGAAGCAGCUCCAGGACCCAUCCUGCACCCGCUGGCACCAUGGCAUGGGGGUGGUCCUGCUGGGUCCUCCUGCUGCUCCUGCCCCCCUCGGCCUGCACCGGGGGGUCUGGCCCCGUCCUUGUUAACCGCCCCUUCGUCACCAUCUGGAACAUCCCCACCGAACGCUGCGCUGAAAAGUACAAUGUCACCCUCAACCUGGAGGUCUUUGACGUGUUGGCCAACGACCAGCAGUCCUUCAUGGGACAGGACAUCACCCUCUUCUACAGCAAGGACCUGGGGUUCCUCCCCUACUACACAUCUGAGGGGGUGCCAGUUUACGGGGGGCUCCCCCAAAAUGCCAGCUUGAAGGCCCACCUCCUCCAGGCUGCCUGGGACAUCCAUGUCACCCUGAGCAACCCUGCCUACAGUGGGCUGGCCGUCAUUGACUGGGAGAAGUGGCGCCCAUUGUGGAUCCGCAACUGGGGCUCCAUGGACAUCUACCAGCAGAAGUCAGAGGAGCUGGUGCGGCAGCAGCACCCACAGUGGCCCCCCGAGCUGGUGAAGAAGACGGCCAAGCAGGAGUUUGAGCAUAGCGCCCGCAACUUCAUGGAGAAGACCCUGCAGCUAGGCAAGACCCUCCGUCCCAACAGCUACUGGGGUUUCUACGGCUUCCCCAACUGCUACAACAAUGACUUUAACAGCCCAUCCUACACUGGAACGUGCCCAGUGGUGGAGCGGCAGAGGAACAAGGAGCUGUGGUGGCUCUGGGAGAGCAGCCGGGCGCUCUACCCCAGCAUCUACCUGCCCCCCUGCCUCAAUGGCACCAACAAGGCACUCACCUAUGUCCGGCACCGCAUCGCCGAGGCCUUUGCCGUCCAGCGCAACACCCUCAAUGGCAGCAUCCCCGUCCUGCCCUACUCCCAGAUUGCCUUCGACCGCACUGUUGACUUCCUCUCCCAGGAGGACCUGAUGAACACCAUCGGGGAAAGCGCGGCUCAGGGUGCUGCCGGCAUCGUUCUCUGGGGUAGCCUCAACUACAGCACCUCCAAGGAGAUGUGCCUGAGGCUGAAGGACUACGUGGAGGGGCCCUUGGGCCACUACAUCGUCAACGUGACGGCCAGCGCUGAUCUGUGCAGCCAGAGCCUGUGCUCCAGCCGGGGCCGCUGUGUGCGCCGGGAGAACAAGAAGGGCUUCCUCCACCUUGACCCCUUCCGCUUCGCCAUCGACCUGCAAGCUGGCAGGCCCUGGCUGGUGGCGCAGAGCUUGGAGUUCAUCGAUGAUGGUGUGCUGUACUGGGGUCCAUCAGCAGUGCUGGGGGUGCAGGUGCAGCAGGUGGGGAUGCUCUCUGUUAAAGCUGGGGUUAUAGUAGUAGAGUACCUAAAAAAAGGAGAAGAGUUAGUUGCCACCAUCCCAAGACUGGAAAACCGCAAGUGA